AUGGCCUCUCAGAAAGUGGCCUCCGCCCUUGCGGAGAUCGAAUCAUUAACCAGCCAAGCAACCAAAGCACAACUCUACAACGACCUCUUAAGCAAAAUCGUCACCACCUCCACGGGCCACGAACUCUCGCAAGACCUCAUAUAUUACCUCGAUUCCAUUCUUAGCGAAACUGUCAGCAUCGUUGCCGCACGACCCCUCCUCGAUUCCUUUAUUAUUGUCCUCCGCGACCUUCCCUCAACCAUCAAAAUUAAAGUCGGACAACAUGCUGUGACGCUUUUACAGUCUCGAUCCGCGUCUGUCGAGGAACAAGACUCAAACAUUCGUGAGAUCUUGGCGGAUGCGUAUGAGGAAGAGGAGGAAUACAGUGCGGCAGCGCGAGUGCUACAAGGGAUUCAUCUUGAUAGUUCUCAACGACUUAUUACAGAUGCGGCAAAGGCGCGAAUGUGGAUCCGCAUACUCAGGUUAUACUUGGAAGAAGAUGAUACGACGAAUGCAGAGUCUUUUUUGAACAGAAUCAAGAAUCUGCCUAGCAAGAUUGAAGAUCCUGAAUUGAAGCUACACUUUCAACUCUCUCAAGCUCGUAUUCUCGAUGCUCGCCGUCGUUUCCUGGAUGCUAGUCAGGAAUACUUCAAUGUCAGCCUGGCUGCCGGCGUCGAUGAGAGCGACCGACUCCACGCUCUCUCUGCGGCAAUCAUCUGCGCUGUCCUCGCACCCGCAGGACCACAACGAUCACGCACACUAGCACGUCUCUACAAAGAUGACCGCGCAACAUCCGUCGACGUCUACUCCAUCUUGGAAAAGAUGCAUCUCGACCGCCUCCUAACACCAGAAGAAGUCGCCGCCUUCUCGCAAAAACUACAACCCCAUCAACUCGCAAAGACCGCCGACGGAUCAACCGUACUGGACAAAGCCGUGAUUGAGCACAAUCUGGUCGCUGCCAGCAGGCUCUAUGAGAACAUCAAAAUUGAUGCGUUGGGUGCUAUCCUAGCCCUCAAAGAUUCAAGCGAUGAGACCGCGGGCGAAAAGGCAGAGGCAUACGCUGCUCGUAUGGUAGAACAGGGUCGUUUGAAGGGCAGUAUUGAUCAGAUUGAUGGCGUUAUCUACUUUGACUCGGAUAUCUCGGGUGCUGGAAAUACGGGCACGAUGGGUAGGAAUAUACGGCUUUGGGAUGCGGGUGUUGAGAGUGUUACGGAGGAUGUCGAGAGGGUCGCUGCCAGUGUGGCGGAUGCAUUUCCGGAGCUUGCUACUUCCCAGAUGGUCCAGUAG